UCCACUCAAGAGCCUUUUAGGAUAGAAUAUGAUACCUUUGGUGAACUGAAGGUCCCAAGUGACAAAUACUAUGGUGCCCAGACUGUAAGAUCUACGAUGAACUUCAAGAUCGGAGGUGUCUCAGAAAGAAUGCCAGUUCAAGUUAUAAGGGCUUUUGGCAUCUUGAAGAGAGCAGCUGCUGAAGUAAAUCAAGAUUAUGGUCUCGACCCAAAGAUUGCUAAUGCUAUCGUAAAGGCAGCAACUGAGGUAGCUGAAGGAAAAUUAAAUGAUCACUUUCCAUUGGUGGUGUGGCAGACUGGGUCUGGAACUCAAACCAAUAUGAAUGUCAAUGAAGUCAUCAGCAAUAGAGCCAUUGAGAUAAUGGGGGGCAAACUGGGGAGCAAAACCCCAGUACAUCCAAAUGAUCAUGUUAACAAAAGCCAGAGUUCAAAUGACACUUUCCCAACGGCAAUGCAUAUUGCUGCUGCCCAGGAGGUUAAUGAGGUGUUGUUACCUGGACUGAAGAAGCUACAGAAUGCACUUGAAGCGAAAUCCAAAGAGUUUUCCCAAAUCAUAAAAAUAGGGCGCACUCAUACACAAGACGCUGUUCCACUUACGCUUGGACAGGAAUUUAGUGGCUAUGUGCAACAAAUUAAAUACGGUGUGGCUAGGAUUGAGUCAACCAUGCCAAGAGUGUAUCAGCUGGCAGCUGGCGGGACUGCAGUUGGUACAGGAUUAAACACAAGAAUUGGCUUUGCCGAGAAAGUUGCUGCGAAAGUGGCUGAACUGACAG